AUGCAUAUGCGCCUGAACAUGUGAGUUUUAUAUUUAGUUAAUUUAGGUGAACAUUUUUUGUUUUCAGAUUUCAUAUAAUUUUCAAAUCCUCUAAUAAUUUCAGGUUGUUCUGCAGGAGUCCAUUAGAAAAAUUGAAAGCUAUGGCGCAGAAUUCGAAAUCACAACAGAUGCGUUCAAGAUACUUCGCACAAUACGACAUGCUUCUAACAGUUUGGACACCAAUGCAAUGCUCCGCUAAUAUUGAUGCAAACACGGAGUUCUCGGCAUUGACAAUUGAGCAAGUGAAUGCAUCGGAAAACGAUCUUGAAACAGUGAGUUUAUUUUAAGAGGGUGUGGUUGUUUUUUAUCCCCGACAAUUAAAAUAGAUUUUAAAAUUUCAAAUCUCACUUUCAAGUUGUUUUCACUAUCCCAAAUUUACUCCUGCUCACAUUCCACAUCUAAUCCAUUUUUUUCAGUGUCGAGAAGAGCUGUUCAAAUUGGUCAAUUCCGAAACAAUUCUGAUAGGUCACUCACUGGAAUCAGAUUUCAAAGCGCUUUGUUUGGUCCACCACAAUGUAGUCGACACUUCAUUAUUAUUCAAAAGUGGGCCACACAAACCUGCACUGCGGAACUUGACGAAACAACACCUUGGAAGAAAUAUCCAAUCAGACAAUGUCAACACUUUUGGACAUAGCUCAGCUGAAGACGCAAAAGCUUGCAUUGAUUUGGUCAAGGAGUAUAUAACUUGUCAUCAUUGA